AUGGAUUAUAAUGAUGCUGAGCCCAGUAGUGACUCAAUCGGCGGACAUGAAAGCCCAGAUUGCAUUGAGUUGGAUUUGAUAAAUUAUGAAACUCAGUUCAAAGAUGAUGGGGCUGAAACAAAUGAGUUCCAUGAAGCUACAGAACCCCAGAUAGAAGAAAGACCAGCUCGAAAUAAGACUCAACCAUCGAGAUUCAAGGAUUUUGUGGUACAAGUCCCACCUUCGGUCAACCACCCCGCACCAACAUCAAGUCAAGUUGCCUCCACGGUUUGCUAUCCAAUCUCUAGCUUUGUUUCUUAUGAAAAAUUUUCAACUAAUCAUAAGGCUUUCUUAACUGCUAUCACUAAUAAUGAUGAGCCAAAAUCGUUCAAACAAGCCUCACAGGAUGUUCAUUGGCGUGAGGCGAUGCAAAAGGAGAUUAAAGCCCUAGAGAAAAAUGGAACUUGGACUUUGGAAAAUCUACCUGAAGGAAAGAGAGCAAUAGACUCCAAAUGGAUUUAUAAGGUCAAGUUCAAACCGAAUGGUGAAGUUGAAAGGUACAAGGCGCGUCUAGUUGCAAAAGGGUUCACUCAAAUGGAAGGCGUUGAUUAUCAUGAUACAUUUGCACCCGUAGCCAAGCUAGUAACCGUGCGAACUCUACUAGCAGUUGCCGUCAAACGAGACUGGAUCAUUCACCAACUCGAUGUUAAUAACGCCUUCUUGCAUGGAGAUCUCGACGAGGAACUUCACGAAAUUGGUACCACAAGUUCACUACUUUCUCCAGAGUUUGAAUUUCCGACAAUCCAAAGUGAACUCGAAACCUACAUUGUCCAUUUAGACUCAUCCAAGGGUCAAAAAUUCACUCAAAAACAAGAUCGUGAAAGCUGGUACCGCUCCUUUUUACCACAAACCACUAUGGGUUCAAAUGAUGAAAGUAGCAUCCUUUUUGCAUAUCAUAAUGUUCUCAAUGGGUUUGCAGCCAAGUUAUCAGCAGAGCAUGUGAAGGUCAUGGAAGACAUGGAUGGGUUCUUAUUUGCAAGGCCGCAAAGAGUGUACUCACUUCAGACGACUCAUACCCCCAAUUUCUUGGGGCUGCACCAAAAUAUGGGGUUUUGGUCUGGUUCAAACUAUGGAAAGGGUGUCAUAAUUGGUGUUCUAGACACUGGAACGACUCCGGGCCAUCCUUCUUUCAAUGACAAGGGAGUCUCUCCUCCAACGGCAAAAUGGAAAGGCAAAUGUGAAAUUGAAGGGUGUAACAACAAAUUGAUUGGAUUGAGGGAUCUUACUUCAGGUGGAAAUGAUACACGAUAUGACCAAGAUGGGCAUGGUACGCACACUUCCAGCACCGCAGGUGGGAAUUUUGUUAGUGGUGCAAAUGUAUUUGGAAAUGCUGAUGGGAACGCAGCUGGGAUGGCACCACUUGCACAUGUGGCGAUGUAUAAAGUUUGUACUUUGGAAGAUUGUUUAGAGAGUUGGAUCCUAGCAGGAAUGGAUGUAGCGGUUGAGGAUGGAGUUGAUGUGCUUUCCUUGUCACUAGGAGGAGACUCUUUCCCGUUCUAUCAAGAUGGUAUUGCUAUAGGUGCAUUUACGGCUAUACAAAAAGGUAUCUUUGUGGCUUGUUCCGCGGGUAAUUUUGGUCCUUUUAAUGCAUCAUUGGCAAACGAGGCCCCAUGGAUUCUGACGGUUGGGGCUAGUACCGUUGAUAGAAAAAUAAUCUCAACGGUUUCUCUUGGAAACAAGGUUAAUCUAGAUGGCGAAACAUUAUUUCAGCCUAAGAAUUUUCCUCAAACCUCAUUACCUUUAGUGUACCCGGGAUCAAAUGGUGUUCAAGAGACAGCGUGGUGUUUGGAAGGAUCGUUAGAUCAGGUUGACGUGAAAGGAAAGGUGGUAUUAUGCGAUAGAGGUAAUAUAUCAAGAAUUGAGAAAGGCCAAAUAGUAAAGAAUGCUGGAGGCGUCGCUAUGAUAAUAGCAAACCGAGCUCCGGAAGGAACUAGUACUCUAGCCGAUCCGCAUGUUCUUCCUGCGUCACAUGUCGGCUACAAAGAUGGAGUCACGAUCAAGACAUAUAUCCAGUCAACCGCAUCGCCUAUGGCCACUUUAUUAUUUCGAGGAACAGUUAUUGGAAUUGAUUCAGCUCCUGAGGUGACUUCUUUCUCGUCAAGAGGGCCUAGUCUAGCGAGCCCUGGAAUCUUGAAACCCGACAUUAUUGGCCCGGGAGUUAGCAUUCUGGCAGCAUGGCCCGUCUCAGUUGAGAACACAACACAAACAAGCUCUACAUUUAACAUGAUAUCUGGUACUUCAAUGUCUUGCCCUCAUCUCGCAGGCAUAGCAGCAUUGCUGAAAGCUGCUCAUCCUGACUGGUCACCUGCAGCAAUUAAAUCUGCGAUCAUGACUACAGCCGGUCAAGUGAGCCUAAAUGGUAAACCUAUUCAGGAUGAAAGGGAACUCCCUGCAGACAUCUUUGCCAUUGGUUCGGGCCAUGUAAAUCCAUCAAAAGCUACUGAUCCAGGUCUAGUUUUUGACGUUGCACCAGAUGAUUACAUUCCUUAUUUGUGUGGGCUGGGUUACACAAGCCAAGAAGUUGGGACUAUUGUGAAUAAAAAAGUCUCAUGCGAAAAAACCAUACCAGAAGGAGAACUAAACUAUCCUUCAUAUGUGAUCACAUUAGCAAAAGGCGAAAACAAAACAUAUUCAAGGACAGUAACAAAUGUUGGUGACGCUAAUUCUGUUUACACUAUAUCGGAACCAAAUUUCCAUAUCCCACCGGGUAUAGUAGUCAGAAUUCACCAUCCUGCUUUGGAAUUCACACAGGUAAACCAGAAGCUAACUUAUGAACUAACAUUUAGUCGUUAUAACAAUGUGGAGAUAAAUGUGCCUUACGACGAAGGAUUCAUAGCUUGGCAGGCGGGAAAAUACGUGGUUAGGACACCUUUUGUUAUCAAGUACGUAUAA